AUGAACCUUGUUAAAUAUAGUUUUGAAUAUAGAAACAUAUUUUCCCUUUCGAAAAAUACUGUAUGUUCCUUAAAAUGUUUUCCAAUUAUUGAAAAAAAAAAUUCAUUGUUCAAGUAUGGAAUUUCUAAAUUUAAAUACCUUGAUAAGUUAGCUAUAAUAAGAGAAGAUAAUAUGCUAACAAAUUCGUAUUUUUUGAAUGAUUCUUUUUUUUUACACAUUUUAAAGGAAAACGAGGAAAAUCCUAUAUUUAAAAAAACUCCCCAGGAAUUGUUAUAUUUUAAAAAUAAAAAAACAAAGUUAGCCUUGAGAAGAAAAAGAAAAAGAAUGGGUGAACGUAUAAGUUUAAGAUAUAGAUGA